UGGAUGCCAGUGAAACACUUGACGGGCUCGAGUGUUUCAAAUGGAUUCACCUCACUGCUUUUUCUUCUCAUUUUUUGCACCACCACAAAUGUUUUUGUAUUUGGUGAGAAGGAUCUCGCAGUCUCUGGUGAAUACAAUAACAACAAUUCACAAAACUUUAUAGACACAGCUAUAACCACACCAGAACCACAACCUAUUUUUGAUUUUGGUAUGCCAAGAAAUAUUUCGGCAAGAACUGGACAAGCGGCUUUAAUUAAAUGCCGGGUUGAUAAUUUAGGUGAUAAAUCGAUAUCUUGGAUUCGAAAACGAGACUUGCAUAUUUUAACCGUUGGUACCUCAACCUACACAUCUGAUGAGCGUUUUCAGGUCACCCAAACGCAGGACUCAAAGGAAUGGACGCUGCAGGUGAAAUUUCCCCAGCCACGAGAUAGCGGAAUCUACGAGUGCCAAGUUAAUACGGAGCCAAAAAUUUCCAUGGCAUUUCAACUGAGUGUUUUAGUUACACCACCCCAUGCAAAAGCUGCUAUUGCCGGUCCACCUGACCUGCAUUUCAAAGUUGGCAGCUCAAUUAUCCUAACCUGCAUUGUAAAACAACCCCUCAUAUCAACGAAAUUGGCUGGCCAAAUCCAUUGGUACCGGGGCGACGCAAUCCUUACACCCUUCAACACCCAUCCGAAUGAAGCAUUUGCAAAUCUCUCCCAAAGGAUUUCAAUGGAGUCCCAAUUAGGCGAUACACUAAAAUCAAGGUUAAGGAUAUCAAAUGCCCAGACAUUGGAUACAGGGAAUUAUACUUGCUUGCCGACAACAGCAAGCAGUGCCAGUGUAAUGGUCCAUGUGAUUAAUGAUGAAAAACCAGCAGCAAUGCAGAAAAGUAAAGGAAACAGCCUGUGGAAUUUAUGGUUUAUGGCCAAUAUUAUUAAUAUCAUCGAAUUAUUAAUUUACUUUUUGUUAUAGUAAUUUUAUUUUUUGCAUUUGUAUAGAAUACUGUACCUUGUUAAAUUUAAAAAAAUAAAAUUAAAAAA